AUGAGUGUCGUGUUCACUUGUUCUAGUGGACCGCAGCCGUGUCGUGCGAAUAUCGGUGUAUCACAGCUUAGCGUCCCACUGGCGUGGAACAGAGAUCAACAUUUCAAAUGCAAAGGUGAUAGCAUUAUACAAACAUAUACAGUCGACGAAGCUUUUUCGUGGAAAGAAAAGGAUAUUCUUCUAGAAACUCGGGUCUACUCGAUGUUUUUGGUGCUCCAAACAAAAUCCCGAGUAGUUGAUUCUAGUAUGGUGACAAAUGUCGAUAGAACAAUGACAGAUGUCGUAUUUCCAGAGUCAUUCGUAUUUGAAAGUGAACCAGACGAUUUUUGCGUAGAAAUAACGUUAUACGCAGCCAGAACCGAUCUAGGACUCUCGAACGGUGGCGGAAGCUUACGAACAAAGAUCACCCGCUCAUUAGGUAGACGAUUUGGCGGUCAAGUGAAAACGAGUUUGAACACGACGGAGCGUCUAAAUGGUGUUCGUGGCGACUCUGCAGUGGGUGGCACUCAUUUCAAUAUGCUAGCCCGAGCAUUCCUCGUCCUUACCGAUGCCGGUGAUGAAUGUAAAAUUCACGACUUAAAAAUGUCCGCUUUUGCUGAUUUGUCUGGUCCGCCUUUAUAUGGUCAUGUCUUGUGUCGACUUGCCGUUCAACCGAACUCAGUACUUCUUCCUCUAGCCGAAGGAAUGCUGACCAUCAAACCUCUUUGUGGAGGCCGAAUUUUAAGGAAUGUCCGAACAAGAUUGCAGACAUCUCGUAUCAUAGUCACAUCACAUCCGAACACGCUCCUGCUAUCAUCUAAUAACGCUGUUACAAUAGAAGGCUAUGGCUUCUACAUCACCACAGAAAGCUAUAAAACAAUGGUUGCAUGGAAGAAAGCGAUCGAAAUGCAAAUCGAUGACUGCGCCAUAUGGGGGAAAUUUGCCUAUCGACCUACAAAACUCACGUUCGAGAAGCCUGUGGAUCCAGUCAAGGAAACUCUUAGUCGGACAACUGGAAACAGAUUAUAUGACAAAAUCAGUAUAGCCGGUAAGCGGUGCGAAUCUCUCGAACACUUCUUGGCUAAAACACUGGUAGAAUUUUUUUAA